AGGAUUCUUUGGUACAUGCCUAUUAAAACAGUACAGUAGACUGUCCUGUACCUGGCAGGUUCGUCAUUUGUCAUUAAAAACCAUGCAAACACACACAAUCAUCGGGUAAUGAUAGGACGCUGAAAAAAAAAUCAUUUUUAACAAUAUGUCAAACACCAAAACCGACCAAAGGUUCCGUCUACGGGCCUAGAAUUCUGUUUACUGUGGGUGUAUUUGAACCUAUCUGUAUCUUGAUAUAAUUAAAUGGAAUUUCAUUUCAUCUCUGUCUACAGUAAAACAGAUUGUCAAGCACAUUGCAUUCUAGGAAUAAUAUGUUGCUGACUUCUCCACAUCAAAAUGAAAAGUAUUACAGAUGAAAAAAAAAAUAAUUAAAUGAGGUUCGCUAAUUUUCAAAACUUGUUUCUGAUAUGCAAGCAGCAGCUUAUUAUAUUUACCUGUAUCGCGCAGUAUCUCAGUCGACCUUUAAGACUGAUCAGGUUUCCUGGUUUCCACUGUGUUACUGUUGUAGGAGGUGAUUAGGGUUAAUUUAACUGUGGAUAGAUUUAAUAAAUCUAUUCUGCUCUAGAAUUUCUAUGUAUGUAAGUGUUUUUGAUCUAUACGUUAUAUUGCUGUAAACGUUAGAACGACCUCAGAAAUUUCAAUGAUCACUGACGCCAAUCUCUCAACAAUUAAAACAAAUAUUUUUGGUUGACAAAUUGAUAAAUCAAGAAACUAAUCUAUACAGUUCAUUGAAAGCUAAUUAACUGUACCAUCCUGCUGCGAUGCCAUAGGCCUCUUGUUUUCAAUAUGCUUCAAGAACAUAGUUUUAUUAUCAUUGAGUUGUGUUCGCGUGUGAUCCACCAAUGACUACAAAGAAAAGAUCGCUUGAAAACAUCUGAUGAAAUUCCUUUGUUUCAUUUAGAUUGCAAUAUGAGGUUAAAAGACAACCAACAGAUACCGUCAUGAGGAAGAAAGUACCGGCAUGGAUAAAGGGUCGGGACGCCGUUGCAGAUUUGCUAAAUGCUGAUCCAACCGACAUCGUACUUGUGCCGAAUGUUACAACGGCAAUCAGCACCAUACUGAUGUCAAUUCCAAUGAAAACGGGGGAUACAAUCCUGAUUACGAACCAAGCUUAUGCGGCUACAAACAACGCAUGCGCACAUAUUUUAGAACAUCACCAAGGUGUAAAGACCGAUGUUGUCAAAAUUGCAGUACCUAUCAAAGAUGCAGCAGAAGUGGUCAACAUAUUCAGGAAGGCGUUCGACAAUGAUAAAAACAUCCGGGCUGUUGUUAUCGAUUACGUGGCAUGCGCAUGCACCAUGGAGCUUCCGGUAACGGAAAUCGUACAGCUAUGUCAGAAAUACAACACUAUUUCAGUCAUUGAUGGUGCGCAUUGUCCUGGACAGUUUCCACUUGAUUUUGACAAAAUAGAGGCUGACUUCUUCACGGGCAACUUCCAUAAAUGGAUGUUCGCGCCAUGGGGAUGUGCCUUCAUGUGGAAGAACAAGAAAGUUUCUUUCCCCUUGAGGUCGAUGAUGAGUUCGUCGGCGGCCUGCGACCUUGUGUCGCAGUUUUGUUUUCAGGGUACCAAGGACGACAGCUGUUACAAUUGUUUACCUGCCGUUGUGGAAUACUUCAAGUCUAAAGGAGGAAUUGAGAGAAUAUCGGGACACAACACAAGACUUAUACAACUGGCAUCCGAUUAUUUGAUUUCGCUGUGGAAUACGGGCAAAUUAGAAAUCCCAGAGUCGAUGGAGCCUCCAUACCUCAGAAUGAUACGCCUGCCGGAAAUCAAUGGCGUCGGUACCUCGGAGGAAGAUGCAAAUUCGCUGAUGGAUAUCCUCUUCCUUGACUACAAUAUCGACACAAGUCUGAAGUCUGUACAAAACCAACUGUACGUCCGGUUGUCAGCCCAGAUCUACAACUGUCUGGAUGACUAUAAGAAAUUCGGGGAAGCGAUACUGUCGCUGGCGGAAAAAAAUCACACCUUCCAUGAGAAUGGACACACGGAUAAGAAUGGAUGUUUUUAAUAAGAAAGAGGCAUUUUGACACUUACAGUACACAUAUAUUUUCAAAUAAUCGGUAUAUACUAAAUGCAUCUUAUUGUAACACGCUAAUACAGCGGAUACCCAUUCUAAUUAAAAUCUAGAUGGCCAUUUUCACUACGUUACAUGAACGUUACAUGAACGUUCAUGUAACGUAGUGAGAAUGACCAUCUAUAUUUUAAUUAGAUUGGCGGAUACCCGCAGUCUAACAGAAACAUUUAAUUAUCUUACUAAAUUUACUCCCUCCCUAAUAUUUGGCAUGUGUCAAAUUCAUUAGAUUUUGAAAACCCCUUUAAGGUUUUAUGCCAUUGAACUACAAUCUUUAAGAAUAUUGUCUUCAAUCAUCAAUCGAUGGAAAAAUAAUCUUAAUUAACCAUCAGCAUUUAUUUCAGAAUAUUGAAUUUUUUGUGUUAACAUUAGUUUUGUUUAAGAUAGAAGCCAACCAUGCCUGUUUGGUUUCGCUGUUUGAUUUCAGAUUAGCUCAUGGACUCAUUCAGUACUGGUUCAAAGAGUCGAGGAGAUCGGAUGAUGCUUUUGUCGUGAGAUGUGCUAUUAAAUAAAAUUGUUAUUCUAAA